AUGUUGUCGUCGGCGAGCAGGGCGCUUUGGUCUGCGGCUACGAGACAAGUGAGGACAUUCUAUGUACAGUCAGCAUUAUCAAGUGAUAAAUUGUUUGUGCACCGAGACACCCCAAUCAACAACAGUAAUGUCCCCUUUGAGUUUACACCAGAGAAUCUAAAGCGAUGCGAAGUCAUCAUUAACAACUACCCAAAAGGUCAUGAGGCUGCUGCCUGUAUACCACUGUUGGAUCUAGCCCAGCGGCAGAAUGACAAUUGGCUGCCAAUAUCUGCCAUGCACAAGGUGGCAGAAAUACUAAAGAUGCCAAGAAUGAGGGUCUAUGAAGUGGCUACAUUUUAUACCAUGUUCAACAGAGAGCCUGUUGGAAAGUACUUUGUUCAGAUCUGUACAACCACACCUUGUAUGCUAGGAGGUGUGGGUUCAGAUGUGAUUCUGGAAGCCAUCAAAGAUAAUCUGGGUAUUGAUGUUGGUGAGACGACCCCGGACAAGAAGUUCACUCUGGCAGAAGUGGAGUGUCUCGGAGCUUGUGUCAAUGCCCCGAUGGUUCAAAUCAAUGAUGAUUAUUAUGAAGAUCUCACGGUUGAGGACAUCAACAGAAUCCUCAAUUCUUUCAAGAAGGAUGCCAAACCCAAGCCUGGACCUCAGAGUGGACAGAAAAACAGAUUUGCUUCAGAACCCAAGGGAGGCCUGACAUCUCUGACCGGUACGCCUACAGGUCCAGGAUUUGGGGUCAGGGCAGACCUCUAG